CUGUUUAGGACUUGGCAGCGUCUCCCCCUCUUCUUCUUCCUCCUCCUCCUCGUCACGUUCAGUAGGUGAGAGUCUCUGCAGCUCGGCUUCGUUUUCACUCCGGUAGGAGACAAUACAGAGAGCCGCGCUGAGGUCUGGUCGACAGGGUGUGAAGAUCACAAACCGCCAACAUGUCUGAGGGAAAGAAAAUGACGUCCAGCCGCAGGCAUCAUCUGAAGAGUCUGAUGCUGCAGAUCGCCGCCAACUGGAUCGAGCAGGAGAAGAAGGACAUUGCGGCGGCUAAGGAGGCCUACAUGGCCGAGAACUGUCCCGCCCCCGACGCCAACGGAGACCAGGCCGCCCUCAUGGAACUCUGUAAAAAGAUCCACCAGGCCAUCGACAAGGUGGAUGAGGCGAGGUACGACGCCGAGGCCAAAGUGCAGAAGGCCGACAAAGAGAUCGAGGAUCUGAAGAUGAAGGUGGUGGAGCUGGCCGGAGUGAAGAAACCCGCCCUGAAGAAAGUGCGUAUGUCUGCUGACGCCAUGCUGCAGGCUCUGCUGGGAGGAAAACACAAGGUGACCAUGGACCUGAGGGCCAACCUGAAGCAGGUCAAGAAGGAGGUCAAAGAGGAGUCGACAGAGGCGGUCGGCGACUGGCGUAAGAACAUUGAAGAUAAGGCUGACAGGAAGAAGAUGUUCGAGACCUCCUAAAAACCUGCCUGAAGUGGCGAGGAGCGACAGCAGGGGAGACGUCUCCGUCUGAGGUCUGAGUGACUGAAAGUGUCUGUGUUCCAGCAGGACUCACAAGGACAACACUUGAAACACUUUUUUGUUAUUGUAGGCUAUGUUUGUGAUACCGUCGUCCCCCCGAGACAGAGACUGAACUGAGACAAAGUAACGCCAACAUGUUCGCAGUUAAAACGUCUGACAGAAAAUCAUCAUUUCAAAAUGUACAGGUUUUCAUGGAGUCAUUAGAAAUAAACGUUUUGAAAUAAGGA